CUACAGAGCCCCACUGGGCCCCCCUUUUCACACGGGAAGUUUGAGGCUCUGGGAAACGAAGCAACAUCAUCAAGAUGGCUGUGCUACAAGCCUGCCUGAUGGUGGAGAAGCAGCUGUUGCGUGAACACCCACAUAACCAAGCACUAGACACCUGCAGCACCUCCAAGCACCUGUGGCCACGCUUGGGAGGUCACCACACCUACCUGCGGUCACUGUCAUCCUGAUUCGUGCAAGUGCGGAUUACCUGGACAGUUCCGGAAUACCACAUAGCUGGAGCCUCUCCCCCGAGCCUCCCUCUUUCCUGCCCUUACGUUCGGGAGGCUCAGCCGGUCCAAGUGUGUCAUGGUUUGCUGACCUGGUAUCUCGGUAUGAGUCCGGCCCAGGGAGGGCUCCUGAAUCUGAGCAAGAUGGUCACACUUACAACUGGGAAGAUAGCCUUCCUCAACUACUGGCCCUAUGGCUGUCACUGUGGACUUGGUGGCAAAGGAGAACCCAAGGAUGCCACAGACUGGUGCUGUCAAAAACAUGAUUGCUGCUAUAAGCACCUGAAGACCAAUGGAUGCAAGAUCCUGACAGACAAUUACAAAUACAGCAUUUCCCAGGAUGGUAUCCAGUGCUCUGACAAGGGGAGCUGGUGUGAGAAGCAGUUAUGUGUUUGUGACAAGGAGGUGGCCUUGUGCCUGAGACAAAACCUGGGCAGCUACAACAAGCGCCUGCGUUACUACUGGCGGCCCCACUGCAAAGGCCAGACUCCCUCAUGCUAGGAGAGUCUGCUCCGUCUGUCCCCGGAUUCCACCCUGUUCCAGGGCAUCAAAGUCCUGCAGGAUCGCUGCCUCCUGCCCAGUCUAGUGUCCUGGACUAGCUGGCUUUUAAAGUCCUCCUUGGCAACUUUCCCUUGGUGUUUUUCUGCUGCAAAGGACCUUUCUUGAUCUUUUUACCCAUGGCUGUCCUCACCCUUCAAACUCUGGUCUUUCUGGGCCUAGGCUAAAACCUCACAUAUGUGUCCCAAGCCCAGCCCCUUCUCUCUGUGUCCUGCUCCCCAACAAAGCUGCAAGGUCCUUCAGGUUGAGCCCAGCCCUAUCCUGGAUUAGGCCGGCACCCUGGUGUCCAGGUAGCCUUUUAGAGCCAAGCCCAGCAGGGGCUCCACCAACAGGACUCAAGGGAUGGGGGGGGGGAGCGGCCUGCAGUCUUAUGGCUCCAGACGCCGGAGCUUAGCCUGCUGUUUCUUGUCUGCCAGGCUUUCUCUUAGGUCUUUUGCUACAAUGCAGGCUUGGGGGGGGGUGUCCUUUGGAAACCUCUCCUGGUGUGUCUUUCCCCCCAGCUCUAAGGUCUUCUUUGUGCUGGACUGUCUGGGUGGCAUAACGCCCCACAUUUCAUCCGAGACCAGGGUGGUGAGAUGUCCUAGAGGCUUGUCUCAUCCCAGGCCCGGUUUCAAGAAUCCCUGACUCAGGCUCCACCUCUAGGGAAACACAUUGUGGUAACAUUUACAAAUUCUGUGAUCUUCCUCCCUCCCAGAACCAGGGACCUUACAAUACCCGGUUGCUGAUGCUGCAGCCAAGGAAAGUGUGUUCAUUAGUAGAAUCAGGAGACAGACUCCUUGGAAGAUCCACUUCCCAUAUGAACAAGGAUGGUGGCCCUUUUAAAAGGAAGUGGGGCUAGGGUUUGAGGGGUGGCUCAUUGGUAUCCUUUUUGACUCAAACUGACUCAGCCUACCUUUAUCCCUGCAUCUAUUGGGAUUGGAGGGACUCUAGCCAGCCUGGGCCGGCAAACGUGGCUCUGUCAUGCCUUGCCCUUCUCCGCCAUUCCCUCUGCCUUGCUAAAAAAUAUCAGAUUACAUCCUAAAGCUAGCCCCCAAGGUCUCUUAUUUGGCCACUUCCUCCUCUUGAGGCCAACUACCAAGGUCCAGCUAUCAAAAGCCCCCUUUGGUUCACAUAAUUAGCAUGCCCCAAACAAAAUAUACCACCGAAUCCUAGCCCGUUCUAACACAGACCACCCCAUUUUUUCAUCAGCUGCCGUUACCUGCCUGAGUCAGAAAGUAGCCACUUUCUUAUUGUUCUUGCUCCCCUGCUUAAUAAAAGAUCUCUCUAUUAAAA